AAGAGAGCAAAUCUAAAACCUGAGUAAAAUCCUGCAACUCCACUGCUCGUCGUAAUCAAAACCACAUCUUCUAACAGCCACCGCCGCCGCCAUCGUCACCGCCGGCAUGGGCGGCGCCACCAGGUUCAUGACCCUCCUCACGGCCCCCUUCCCACCCCUCCGACCAUCGCUUAUCCUUCUUCACCGCCGUCUUUCCUCUCUUUCCAUCGCUCCCCUCCGUCUCCACACCCGCUCUCCUCUUUCCAAAUCAAAAACCCUAACUCCCCAACCCCCCAGCUGCUUCCACUCUCAACCGAGCAAUAACACCUACGCACUCCAAUCCUCCGCCGCUCAGCAGCACCUCCACCACCCGUGGCCGGAAUGGAUCAAUUUUCUCAAUUUUUUAUCUAAUGGACAGGGAUAUUCCGCCCCUCACGGCGAUAAGAUCCCGCCGGAGGACGCCUUCGUGGUGUAUGAGAAAUUGAGCGACGAUUUUGUCAGCGCCGCCGCCGCUUGCAUCGCUUUCUCUCGUGCCCGACCAGAUCUUAUCGGACGGCUUUCGAGGAAGGAUAUUGAAGCUGUUGUGUCAAAUGGAACUCCAUUUUUGUUCAAAAGUGCGCUUGACACGGCAAGAAGGAUGAGGGCGUUUUUGGGAACUGCUGGCAGCAAUGUAGCAGAAGUUGAUAAAGCAAGAUUGACUGAUCUAAUGAAGUAUAUAAUAAGUUAUGCAAGCAAUCCUACAGCUUCUUCUGAAAGAAAUGGGCUGUAUAGUAGGGAACUCGUUGAUUCGUCUGUGCGGAAUCUGUUGCAUGAAAUGGUUACAGUAUGUGGUGGAGCUCCGACAGGAUACAUGCCUGCUUCAGGACAUCAGUUUUCGGGCAGUGAUAGACAUGUCCCGAAUCCUAAUGGACAAAAUAUUGAAAUGAAGAGAGGCGACUGGAUAUGUCAGAAGUGCGAUUUUAUGAACUUUGCAAAAAACGUUAAAUGCCUUGAAUGUGAGGAACCCAGACCAAAGAGACAACUAAUUGGCGGGGAGUGGGAAUGCCCUGAAUGCAGUUUCUAUAAUUAUGGAAGGAAUACGGUUUGUUUGAGAUGUGACUGUCGACGUCCUGGUGCUCCGUUGUUUAAUAACAAUAACUCUCAAAAGAUUGGGACGCAGUUCUCUCCUUUAUCUCAGUCAGGUUCUUCAGAUAUUCGAUAUUCAGGGAGCAACCAUGCCAAGGCUGUUCCUUUCGUGCCACUACCUGCAGAUACAUUCUCUAGGAGAUAUCAAACUCCGGAGAUGGAUAAUGGAAAUAAAAUACCAGUAGAAGCUAACAAUACAGCCUCAUCAGAUGUCAGGAACCGGACAGCUAUAAGUAGCACUCCUCAGGGUUUAUCUGGGAAUACUCAGCUCACAAGAGACUCGGCAAGUCAGAUUGAUAUCCAGAAUAACGAGGGAGAGCAAACUGAAAAGGCAGAAAGAUGGUUCAAGAGGAUGGCUGAACUACAAAAUGCCAAAGAUUUGCCAAAUGCAGUCUCGGAUGAAGAUUUCCCUGAGAUAAUGCCAGUGCGCAAGGGAGAGAACCGGUUCGUGGUUAGUAAAAAGAAAGAUCGUUCACUUACUUCUCCACAGUACAAAAGGCAGGUCGCAAUGGAUCAGGCAAACAAUACUAAUUUUGUGCCUUUCGUUCCCUUCCCUCCUGGCUAUUUCGCUAACAAAGGCACGGAGCAGCCCGGUGGUCCAGAUUCACCAGCAAAUACUGUCAGUGAUACAUCGUUUAGUAAAGCAAGGGAACAUACUGAUAAAUUUGAUGCAAAGCAUGGAAUGGCGGAUUCAAGUACUGUUUGGAGGAAUGAUCAAAAUGCAAGGAGCUCAGGGGACUCUCUGUAUACGAAUGAAACCAGUACUGCGCAAUUUGGUGGUGAUUAUUCGAAACAAUAUAGUGGGGGCACUGUCCAAAAUUCUUUCGCGUCCGACACCAUGAACACUAAUAGACAAACUGGUGGAUAUUCUGGAGCAGGGGAUGCUUCCGUAGCUGGACAUGGAGGAGCUUUGUCUAGCGAAACCGGUGCCGCACAAUUUGGUGGUGAUUAUUCGAAACAUCAUAGUGGGGGCAAUGUCCAAAAUUCUUUCACUUCCCACACCAUGAACACUAAUACACAAACUGGUGGAUAUUCUGGAGCAGGGAAUGCUUCCAUAGCUGGGCAUGGAGGAGCUUCGUCUCAGCCGCCUAAAAAUGAAAAUGUCCGUACUAGCUGGAGUGGUCCGAGCUUGGAGGGGUCAGCUGUCAAGGAACCAGAUCCUCUCGAUAUGUCAGAGGAAGCCAAAACCGAAAGGUGGUUCAAGCGUGUAGCUCAGAUAAAGGACAUAUCAGAGCUAAGCCAGAUCCCAGACGAAGACUUCCCCUCGAUAAUGCCAAUGCGGAAGGGUGUCAACAGGUUUGUCGUGAGCAAGAGGAAAACGCCCCUUGAACGGCGGCUGACAAAUCAGCAAUACAGAAGAAAUCUUCCUAUAGUCCCUAAUAAUCCAUUGAAGAAGGAAGGCGACAGCAGUUAAUUUCAGCACAACUUCAUCCUUCCCCCCCUGCACGACACAGAUCUUCGCCCCGGCUGCCCUCAGCACCUCCAGGUACCCGUCCAAGAACCUCGCCCCGCCACAGACUACGUUGUGCAUCGUGUGCCAGGCCGAAUGAUGAGUGUGCCGUGUCACAUCCGUGGUCAUGAAGUGAAGAUCCCUAGAGAGAGGAGGAAGCAGAAAUUUCAGCCAAGAAUCUUGAUUUUCACCUUGUGGUUUACAUAUAGUAUAUCUAAGUAUCUAACCUGCUUCGUGUUACCAGCUUUAUAAUCCAUUCCCAGAAUCUGUGAUUCCGGCACAGGAAGAAACAUGCGCAUCUGCCCAGGUGCUCGUACCACGCCAUGAAGGCCGAGAAGAACAGCAAUGGCGGCCACACCCGCCUUGCAGCAAUCUGUCCGAGGGCUUCUGCAGUAGCAUCUCCUCGCGAAGCAGAGAAGUAAGGCUGAGACUCAGAGACAGAAUAAUCAAUGGCUUAGAAUAGUAGAGACGACUUUCUAGGUCUACCGAAGAAGACGAUGACUCACAGGAGCUACCAAAGUGAUUGAUUUCACUGAAGCAGAGUGCUUUGCAGCCAAUGCUAGAGCAAUCACACAGCCCAUGGAGUGUGCGACUAGGUGGAAGGAGCUCAGCUCAAACGGGCCGAUCACGGAGCUCUCGAUCAUUUCUACGUGAUUCGUCAACGUGUAGGGGCAGUCUUCGGGCUUCGGGCUGCUGCCGAAUCCUAGUAAAUCUACUGCAAAUAAUCUGUAGUUUUGCCUCGAGUGUUCGGAGAGAUUGAGGAAGACGGUCUCUUUCCAAAGUGAAGACGAUGAGAGGAAACCAUGUAUGAAUAUCACAUUCUGCCCACUAUUUUCUCCUUCUGCUCUAAUCUCCUCCUUCUCUGUCAAAGGGAAACUUAUGCACUAUCAAUUUUCAUCCAUAAGUGGCUCGUUUGCUAUGCAUGAUAACAGUGGGAUAAAUACCUAUAGCACCCU